CAAGUUUCUUGUUUCAGCGGGAAUUUUGGAUGAUUGUGGACUGCCAUUUAUGUCAGUGGCGUACGCGGGGAUUAGUACAAGCGGUUAAUUUUCCGGCAAAGGCCGUUUAACUGACCAUCUGUGAGCCCAUGGACUCCGCCAUUGCAUACCCAUAAAGGAGUCCAUAUGGCAUACGUAGCAAGCUGACGUUGUUCAGGUUAUUUAGUAUCACUAAUGUAGGUUCAUGAUUUAAGGCUCCUCAUGGUUGCUAUAUAUUACACCCAGUGCAAGGCAAAUGUACGUACUUGGAUCUAUUGCGUCAUUAACCUUUGACAGUCAUUAUCCAAAGAAAUGAUAUGAGGAAGCUAGCUGUUAGCAGACGAAAAAGGUGGCUUCUUGAACUGAAAGGGCGACCAUUUCUUCAUUUUCAGCAAGAAAUGCACUUCAAAUUUGCAGAUUUUGUUUGUAUAUGGCUAUAUUGACAUUCCCCCACGGCUUUGGUCUAGUGGUAACAUUGCAAUAUGUGAUUAGUGGGUUAGGUGCACGUCACGGAUAAAAGCCUAGGAUUUAAUUGGAUAAGGGUAGAGGGGCAGGCCCACUGUCCAUUGAGUUUCAAACCUUGCAUCACUGGCCCUUGGCGAUUUGUUGGUUAUUUAGAAAAAGGCUAUAUAGAUACAGAUAUAUAGUGGGGUAUCAGUGGAAUUAGUCAUAGAUCCAUCCUAUUGGUUCUUCUCUGAGCAUUGUGGGAAGAAAGUCGAACUGGCUGAGUCUGAAGUGGGGUUUAAUCAAUCUUGGAAUCUUGAACUAAAAUGGAUAAGACAACAGCAUCAGCUCAAGGACCAACAUCACCAGCUGAGGAGCUGCUAAAGAAGAUCCAAGAACUGGAGGCAGGGCAUGCCCAGUUGAAGCAGGAGAUGUCUAAGCUCAUGAUUUCUGAGGAUCACAGAUUACAGAGACAAAGGUCCCAUUCAAUCUUCCCACAACGGCUGCCUCGUCUUAUGGAUGGUGGUGGUUUUGAUUGUGGUGCUGCGGCUGUCUGGAAAAGGGGGUCAACCUCUUUCCAGCAUGCUUCACUAUCACAAAGAGAGAGUAGUAAUAAAGGGGUGGAAGACAACAGUAACGGUAGAGCUGCUGCAGUGAAGUUUACUGAUAGACACUACUUUAAUAUAUUACAGUCAAUGGGACAAUCAGUGCAUAUAUUUGAUGUCAACUGUCUUAUAAUUUACUGGAAUCGAACUGCUGAACAACUAUAUGGUUAUUCUGCUGAAGAAGCUCUUGGACAAGAUCCCAUUCAGCUCUUAGCAUAUGCUCAGGAUUAUGCUGAUGCUAAUAACAUUGUACAUCUAGUGAUGAAAAGGGGUGUUAUUUCUGUAACAAGUGAUGUGAGGCCUUUCCAAGAAACAAGGCCUGAAUCAAUGGGAGUGAAGCAGUUGGAUGCUGAUGCAGGAUUUAGAGCCAGAAAACUUGCUUCUUCCCAACUUGGACUUGAUUCCGAGCAGCCUCUGCAAGUAGCCAGUGCCUCCAAAAUAUCUAAUUUGGCCUCAAAGAUGAGCAACAAGGUUACGUCAAAAAUAAAGACAGGAGAGAGCAGCGUGCUUCGUGAAGGUGGAAGUGGAGAUAGUCAUUACUCUAACCUUGCAUUUUCCGAGGCUGCUUUGUCAGAUAGCAGGGAGGACACAAAUUACACUGGAGCGAGUACGCGUAGGGGAGAUGUUCACUCUUCUCUUGGAUUAUUUUCUAAUCUUGCAAAAGAGGAGCGAUCCCUGGGGAAACCCUCUGGGGAUGAGACUGAGGGAAAACAAGGUAUUUAUAAGACUAUCACCUCGAAGGCAGAGGCAUGGAUGGCAAAGAAGAGCUUACUGUGGCCAUGGAAAGCCAAUGCGCGAAAAGCGUCAGAGGCAAGGACUACACAGUCUGAACGGCCUUGGCUAAACAAUGACCAAGACAACGAGUUUAAUUACAGUAACAGUAAUAAUGCAUUAAAACCAGACAAUCAGUUUAUUAAUACUAACUGGACAACCACCAAUGAAGCUUCGGGGUCCUGGUCUACUUCAUUUAAUGGCAACAGCACAAGCAGUACUAGUAGCUGCGAAAGAACCAGCAAUAGUGCUGUUAAUAAGAUCGACACAGAUACUGACUGCCCUGAUUAUGAAAUCUUGUGGGAGGACUUAACAAUUGGAGAACAUAUUGGAGAAGGUUCUUGUGGAAUGGUUUAUCAUGGGAUGUGGUAUGGAUCAGAUGUCGCUGUUAAGGUAUUUUCCAAGGAAGAAUAUUCUGAUGAAGUGAUAUAUUCCUUCAAACAGGAGGUGUCCCUUAUGAAACGUCUUCGACAUCCAAAUGUUCUUCUUUUCAUGGGUGCAGUAACUUCACCUCAACGCCUCUGCAUUGUCACAGAGUUCCUGCCACGGGGAAGUUUGUUCAGGCUAUUACAGAAGUAUUCAUCCAAAUUAGAAUGGAGACGACGGAUCCACAUGGCUUUAGACAUUGCUCGUGGCAUGAAUUAUCUUCAUCAUCAUAACCCACCUAUUGUUCAUCGAGACUUGAAGUCAUCAAAUCUUCUUGUGGACAAGAACUGGACUGUUAAGGUUGGGGACUUUGGUCUAUCACGUCUUAAAUAUGAAACGUUUCUAGCAACAAAGACGGGUAAAGGAACGCCUCAAUGGAUGGCUCCAGAAGUUCUUCGAAGUGAACCUUCAAAUGAGAAGUCUGAUCUAUACAGUUUCGGGGUGAUACUAUGGGAACUCGCCACUGGAAAACUCCCUUGGGAUAACCUCAACCCAAUGCAGGUGAUUGGAGCUGUAGGAUUCAUGAAUCAGCGGCUAGAUAUCCCAAAGGAUGUUCAUCCGCAGUGGGCUUCUAUUAUUGAGAGCUGUUGGCACAGUGAACCACAGUCUCGCCCGUCUUUCCAAGAAUUGAUGGAGAAAUUUACCGGUCUGCUGAAGGAGUAUGUAAUUCAAGCACAGACAGCACGUAGCACUGCAAGAGAUUGCAGCCAUAAGGAACAGUAAAUACAAAUAGAGCGCUUAUGCUUGAGUUUCAUCGGCAUUUUAAUAACUCUUCAAGGUCUUACGGUUGUCACAUAAAAGUUGGUCAGACAGAGCUCAUGGGCUGCUUGUAUUCUUAGAUCCUAAGUUCAGAGGGCUGUUCGUGCUGGCACGUUCGAUUGGUCUUAUUGGCAGGCACACUUUUGAUCAGAAGAGAUUGAAGCAGCCUCUGUACGGUCACCCACCUAUGGAUGUUCUCUACACCAAGUGAAGACUGAAACUCUCAAUAGCAACAGGCAGAAAGUUGCCUGCUCUCUAUCCAGCAUUCUAUAUAGAAGUGUUUUGUUUGCCUUUUGUUGUGGCCAUUCUUCAUGUUGUAGACUAGUAUUUGUACUCCUAAGUGGUUGCUAAGCAUUUCUUUAAAUUGUUAUAAGAGACAACUCUUUAUCGGAAAUAACCUCUCUAUCUUUACAAGGUAGGGAUAAGGUCUGCAUAUAUACUAUACACUACCCUCCCUAGAUCCUGAGUUUUUUGUUGGUGUUAUAUAAGAGACAACUCUUUUCAUUAAUUUCAAGCGAGGAGUUUUCGCCAAUACAGAAAUGAUAGCAUUCAUUGUUAUUCCAGCUAAUAGCUUGUUCAUUCCCUAUGAGGUGCUCUUUUUGGAUUGAAUCUUGUUAUAAACUUAUUGCACAAGUUGUUUUAAAAGACUUUACAAGUAAAGCUUGAAUAGAAUUAUGUAUUAAUUAGCAUUCAACUUAAAAUCACUGACUGCAAAAUUUUAUGUAAUAUCAAGUAUCAGGUCAUUUAAAAACUAUUUAUAUUACUGGUAAUUGUCUAUCUUAUGCAUGAGUUUGUAACCCCAAAAAUAAGGUAUUAACAUGUUACAACAGAUUAACUAUACUAACAGUGGCGAAAUAUUUUUGCCUUGUAAGUGUAUAUAAGUUAAUUAUCGGUAAUUAACCGAAUGACUGUUAAUUCAUGUCAAGAAUUUUGGAAGGAACAUUGAAUAGAAUUCUUGCUAUGGUAAUAUAAACUUUAAAGACAGAUUGAUAGAAAAACGUUACAUUCGUAUUAUAGGAAAUGAUAGAGUCAAAACUAUAUAAUAAACAGUAAUAGAGGUUAAAUAAAUCAAGUGGAAAGGGCUAUAAGACACUCAUUUGUUUUAAAAAAAACUUAUUUACAAAAAAAUUAUAUAUACACAUUCUUUUUUCCAGAAAACAUGUUGAAGACAAUCCUGAAAAGUCAUUCAGGAUUAGGAAUUUAAAGUAUCUUUUGGGUUAAGUUGAAUAAUUAACCUAAAUAGCCGCGCUUAAACUAAAAAUAGCCAAUGAAUAUAUAGUAUAUGUAUAUAAUUGUGUAUAAUACGUUACUGGAGGUUUGAAGACAGACCCUGGAGUCAAAAGGUUUCAAAUUGAGCAAGACCAAAACGGAAUACUUGGACUGCAAGUUCAGUGACGAAAUUCAUGAAGCGGAUGUGGAAGUGACGCUUGACACUCAAGUCAUCCCCAAGAAAGGGAGUUCCAAACACCUUGGUUCAGUAAUUUAAGGUAAUAGGGAGAUUGACGGGGAUGUCACACAUCGUAUUGGAGCGGGGUGGAUGAAAUGGAGGCUCACAUCCGGCGUUUUAUGUGACAAGAGAGUGCCGCCUAGACUUAAAUGUAGGUUUUAUAGAGUGGUGGUUAGACCGACUUUGUUGUAUGAGGUAAAGUGUUGGCCAGUUAAGAACUCUCAUGUCCAGAAGAUGAAAGUGGCAGAGAUAGAUUUGUGGGCAUACAAGGAGAGAUAAAAUUAGGAAUAAAGUUAUUCAUGACAAGGUUGGAGUGGCUGCCGUGGAGGACAAGAUGCGAAAGUGAGGUUAAGAUGGUAUGAGCAUGUGAAGAGGAGAGGUGCGGAUGCCUCUAUAAGGAGAGGUAGAGGUAGGCCUAAGAAGUAUUGAGCGAGGUGAUUAGGCAGGACAUGGCGCAACUUUAGCUUACUGAGAGAAUGAACCUUGAUAGGAAGGUGUGGAAGGCGAGGAUUAAGAUAGAAGAUUGCUGGUAGUUAAGUGUAUCUCUUUGCCAUACCAGACUACCAGUUGCAUUAGUAUUAGUCUUGUAUUUUCUUGUUCGUAGAGUUAUAUGACUAUUUGGUAUUUCUUUCGCAUUAUUAUCUUAUUAUAUCACUGUUGUUACUACUUUUUGAUACUGCUUCUUUUCAUUUUCCUUGUGCCGAGGGUCUUCGGAGACAACCUCUCUACCUCCACAAGAUAGGAGUAAGGGUUGGGCACAUACUAUCUCCUCAAACCCCACUUGUAGGAUUACACUAGAUAUAUUGUUGUUGUUGUUAUAUAAUCGUGUGUAAUUUGUGUAUAUUCUAUGUAAACCGGCUAGAAAAAGUAAACAGUAAAUCUAGUCCUACUGACUAUUAACAGUCGGGCCAGAGCCGUUAUAAGUCAAAAAUUUCAGAGAGGUCAAUUUCAACCCCUUUUUUUCACUAAACAAAUUCAACCCUUUGGCUGUAUAGCAGCUGCACCCUGCAGAUGUUACCCAAAAAUAUAAUGCAGAUGAAGCUAAUUUUCUAGUCAUGCUGAAAUUAGGGAGGCAUGACAUCAUCAAAAUUGGUACUCAUGCUAAGUCCUUGCCUUUCCAAUGCUUAUUUAGCUAUAUGUGCAUUUUGGGGUGCAUGACUGACAUCACUUUACUGAAUCCUAUGUUGAAUCUAUUCCAGAAAUUCUGGAAAAAUCUGACAUUAAUUAGUCAAUAUUCAAUUUUCUGGUUUUAGCAGAAAUUUUGGACUGCCUUUUAUGUAAUUGGUGUACAUGGGUAGCAGCGCAAGCUGUGAGAAAUUUUAGGUCAGUAGUUAUGGGUAAGGAUUUAUAUGGUAUUUUUAAAUGAUAGUUCGCAUUACUUUGAAUAUAUCCUUUGUUCUAAUAAAUUGGAAUCAAGGUAGUGCUUCUCCAUUCGUCGGGCAUGCUACUACUUCAUGGUGUAGCAUUAAAUAGCUCGGUAAGCCAUCCUACUCCAACCUUGCCAAGACACUUCUAAACUAUGAUUAAUAUUUUCCAAGACAACUUUUUGCUAAUUGAUGAAACAACGAGAGUGUAAACCAAAAGUUUGAACUAUGCAGAAGCACUCUAGAGUAAGAGUUUUUGGAUACAUAGAAGUAAGAUUGAACGUAUGUAUUGCAAGUUUAGUCAGCAUAAGAAGAGGGAAGUUGAGGUAGGAUUAGACUGGAUUCUGAUGCCUAAAUGCAAAUAAUUCAGAUAUCAAGGCUCGUUGUACAAUAGCUGCAGAUGAGGCCAAUUUUCUGGUCAUUGGUUUGACCUCCAAUGUAUGUGAACCAUGAGAGGCCUGAGAUGAUCAAAAUUGGAACUGAUGUUAAGACCUUUUCACCUUUUCAAAGGCCAUUUUGCUAGAAACUGCAUUUGGGGCACGUGACAUCACUUUACCGAAUCUUAUACGGGUCCAUUCCGUGAAUUCUGGAAAACUAUGGCAUUUGCCCAGGUUAUAUAGAAUGAAUCACUAAUGUAGAGUUCAACAGCACUUGGAUCUGUUGCGUCAUUAACCUUUGACAGUCAUUAUUUAACGGAAAUGAUAUGAGAAAGCUAGCUGUCAGGGGCCGAAAAAAGUGGCUUCUUGAACUUAAAAGGCGACCAUUUUCUCCAUUUCAGCAAGAAAUGCACUUCAAAAUUUUCAGUUGUAUAUUGCUACAUAGACACAGAUAUAUAGUGGGGUGUCAGUAAAUUAGUCAUAGAUACAUCCUAUUGUUUUUUUCUCAGAGCAUUGGAGGAAGGAAAAUCAAACUGGUUGAAUCUGAAGUGGGGUUUGAUAGAUCUUGGAAUAUUGGGUUGAAAUG